UAUCACCUCUCCUAUCUAGUAGAAAUUCCCGAAGGUUCCUCAAUAUCUUGAGAUAUGGCGCCUAGACCGACCCCCUUGGUUCCAAAACCGCAAGCUCUGCGAUACCGCCGUGGAAAACUACCCAACGGCGCGCCCAUCCCCGAUUCUGACGAAUCCUCUUCAGAGGAAGAAGAGGAAGAUGAUCAGCCUCAGGGACGUAAUCAAGCUCAAAGAGGGGGAAGAGGAGGGAACGUAGAUCCUGGCCUGGUAGUCGGUGGUGCGGGGCGGGUGAUACCACAGGGUCAGGGAAAGGUCGUACCCAGGAACAUCCAGGUCGCAUUACGGGAUGUCGAGGUGCAAGGUGACGGAGCGGUGUUGAUCGGCGGGAAGAGGGAGGUCAGUAGGGUAGAAGAAGAGGAGUCAUCAGAAGAAGAAUCCUCAGAGGAAGAACCCCCUGCUCGACCUACCUUCCGCAAACCCGGCGCAGCUGCCGUCCCGGCACCACCAGCGGCGGGAGAAGAAUCCGAGUACGAGACGGACUCUGAGGAAGAGGAAUCGGAGGAGGAGGAGAAACCGAAGAUCAUGGUCCGACCUACCUUCGUACCCAAACGAGCCCGGGAGACAGUGACAGCCCGAGAGAUUCAGGAGCAAAAAGAAGCCGAGGAGGUCAGGCGGAAAGAGGAAGAGUUCCUUCAGAGGAAGAAGGAGAGUAGGGAUUUGUUGGGCGAGACGAUCAAGCGGGAGAUGGCAGCUAAGGAAGUCAACGAGAACGCCCCCGAUGUGGACGAUACGGACGACCUGGAUCCUUCUGCCGAAUUCGAUGCCUGGCGACUACGAGAGCUCUCUCGACUCGCCCGUGAUAAAGAAUCCCGCCUGCUCAAAGAAUCGGAACGAGCCGAGAUCGAGCGCCGUCGAGCUCUUCCUGAAGCUCAAAGAGUACGGGAGGACGAAGAGUACGCGAGAAAGACGAGAGAGCUCAAGAUGCAGGAGAGGGAAGAGAGAGGAUUCAUGGACAAGUUCUAUCACAAGGGGGCGUUCCAUCAGGAUGAUGAGAUUUUGAAGAGACGGGUCAGUGGCAAGACCGAGUCGGCGGUGGAUGUCAACCUUUUGCCCAAGAUCAUGCAGGUCAAGAACUUCGGCAAGGCAUCACGAUCAAAGUACACCCACCUGAAAGAUCAGGACACGACGCAAGAAGGGUGGGACCGUGCGCUCCGUCGCGGGCCCGGCGGACCUUCUGGGGCUGCACAAGGCGAAGGCUGUUUCAACUGUGGAGGGCCGCAUCUGAAAAGAGACUGCCCAAACAAUCAGCCAGGUGGGGAACAACGUACGGGAGCCAACGCUUCUGGAGUGAGAGGCGGUGGAGAUUCCGGUUAUGGCGGCCGAGCGCCUCUUCCGCCUCCUCGUACCGACUACCGGGACAGACCUAGGGACGAUCAAGGCCAGGGAAGGAGAUAUGAGGAUGACCGGAGAGAGUUUGGUGGGCGGUCGAGAGAUGAAGGGAGAGGUGGACGGUAUGACGAUCGCGAUCGCGACAGAGAUAGGGACAGAGACCGCGAGAGGAAUGGUGGGCGGGAGCGGUACGACGAACGGAGAGGAGGGAGGGAAACGAGUAGAUCUCCGGCCAGGUAUAGGGAUGAGCAGCGAGAUCGACGGCGGUGAUAAUGAUAAGUGUACCUGGAUUUUGAUGAAUACAUCGUUGGUGGUUGGAGAUGCCAUGAACCGUUCUUGGCAUAAAGGGAAUUGCUUUGUUUGGUAACUCAUUCGAUCGCCUUUGAGAGUAUCUCCCAUCUGUGCAGGUCAGC